GUAGUACGGAAAAUAUCGCGAAAAAUGGCGCGCAUCCAGGCCAGCGACUCUUUAAUUCCUCGCCAGGUGUUCGAGGUACCACCGGCGGAACCGAACAACUCCACGGCGGAAACGGGCAGCCAGGGUUCCGGGGUGAAGCUGAAGAAACAGAUCAGUCUGCUGGACGGAGUGGCCAUCAUUGUUGGUGUCAUCGUGGGAUCUGGAAUCUUUGUCAGUCCCAAGGGUGUGCUCCUGUACUCCGGCUCCAUUGGCCAGUCCCUUAUCGUCUGGGUUCUCUGCGGAGUUCUCAGUAUGGUGGGGGCUCUAUGCUAUGCAGAAUUGGGCACAAUGAUACCCAAGUCUGGAGGUGAUUACGCUUAUAUUGGAACAGCAUUUGGACCUCUGCCCGCAUUCUUGUACCUGUGGGUGGCCCUGCUGAUUCUGGUGCCGACGGGAAAUGCCAUCACGGCCCUGACCUUUGCCCAGUAUCUGUUGAAACCGUUCUGGCCCUCCUGCGAGGCUCCUAUCGGAGCUGUUCAGCUGCUGGCGGCUGCCAUGAUAUGUGUACUGACGGUUAUCAACUGCUACAACGUCAAGUGGGUGACACGUGUGACGGAUAUUUUCACGGGAACCAAGGUUCUUGCUUUAAUGGUGAUCGUUGGCGCCGGAGUCUGGUGGCUAUUUGCCGGAAAAACUGAACUAUGGGAGCAGCCAUUUGCCGGUGGACUCUACUCGCCCGGCUACAUCUCUCUGGCCUUCUACAGUGGCCUAUUUUCGUAUUCGGGAUGGAAUUAUCUCAACUUUGUCACCGAGGAGCUCAAGGAUCCGUAUCGCAAUCUUCCAAAAGCCAUCUGCAUCUCCCUGCCCGUUGUGACAAUUAUCUAUAUGAUCACAAACAUAGCAUACUUUUCGGUGCUCUCGCCGGAUGAGAUUCUGUCCUCGGAUGCUGUGGCUGUGACUUUUGGGGACAAGAUGCUUGGCUACUUCGCCUGGAUCAUGCCGUUUGCGGUGGCCUGCUCCACCUUUGGAUCUCUGAACGGUGCCAUAUUUGCCUCGUCCAGACUGUUCUUUGUGGGGGCCAGGAAUGGUCACUUGCCGGCAGCCAUUUCCCUGAUCAACGUUAACUGUCUGACGCCAGUACCCUCCCUGAUUUUCCUGGGUGUGGUUACUGUUCUGCUACUUUUCAUUAAGGACAUGUAUGUGUUGAUCAACUACGUGAGCUAUGUGGAGGCUCUCUUUACGCUCAUCUCGGUCUCCGGACUGCUCUGGCUGCGAUACAAACAACCGAAAACGGAGCGACCCAUCCGGGUUAGUUUAGCACUCCCCGUCAUCUACCUGAUCGUCUGCCUCUUCCUGGUGAUCUCGUCGUGCUUCCAGUCACCCGGUGCUGUCGGCGUUGGAACGCUUAUCAUCCUGUCCGGUAUUCCAGUCUACUAUCUAACCAUUCACAAUCCGGUGAAAUGGCUGGCGGACACCUCGCAGGCGAUUAAUCUUUGGUGUUCCAAGUUCUUCAUCUGUAUGCCGAAUCAGGAGAAAUUUGACUAGAAUCGGCUCUGAGGCUCUGGAGGUUUCAUGGAGGAUCAUGGCGAGUGCCUUCUGGGGUGGAGUUAUCGAAAGGAAUAUCUUGUAGUUAGCAUAAGGCUCAAUUUACUACUAAGAUAGGUUAAAAAAUGCAAAGAAAAUAAUGUGAGACCUACGCACAACAUUACAAACGUUUUAUUGUAAAUAACUCAAAUGCAUUCUGGCGCAGAGGAGGUCACCUAUAUUACUAUUUAUAAACGCUAUUGUAUAUUUGAAACACGUCUAUUAUGCAAAUUCAAAACAAUUUUAUACAUACUAUAAUGGUUAGCCGCUAAUUUAGUAAUUAAUAAUAAUUAUUGAAGCCAAUUUUGCAAAAUGUAUAAAUCGAAUUUGUUUUAUAUAAGAAAUUAAAGAAUAAAUCAUUUACAAUUAAACUUA